CAGGUGGCGCUGUGCACCUUUAAAACAUGAUUGCAAUCAUCCACAAAAAAAAACACGAAGAAGAAAAGCAGCAGCUCAUUGUGAAGUCGUGUUUUAGCUCAAGUCAGUCAAUACAACACAGCCUCACGAUGCUCCCCCUGUCUCUGCUGAAGACCGCCCAGAACCAUCCCAUGCUGGUGGAGCUGAAGAAUGGAGAGACCUACAACGGUCACCUGGUCAGCUGUGACAACUGGAUGAACAUCAACCUGAGAGAAGUCAUCUGCACCUCCAGGGAUGGAGACAAGUUCUGGAGGAUGCCCGAGUGCUACAUCAGAGGGAGCACCAUCAAGUACCUGCGAAUCCCAGAUGAGAUCAUCGACAUGGUAAAGGAGGAGGUGGUGUCAAAGGGCCGCGGACGUGGAGGCGCCCAGCAGAACAAACAGCAGGGCAAAGGGAGAGGAGGAGCCGGCCGAGGUCUGUUUGGCGGCCGCGGCAGAGGGAUGACCGGCCCCGGGCGAGGGCAGCAGCUGCAGCAGGAUAAGAAACCGGGCAAACCACAGGGGAUGAAGAACCAACACUGACAGACUACAUCACACCCUCAACAACACAUCCUGUCAUAUGAAAGUGUCUCUCUGUCAGUGCAUGAAGAUAGAACCCGCUCUCUGGUGUUUUGCUCCUGCUGGGACGCUCGUGGAGAAUGACCACGGCUGCAGAAACCACACUGGUAGAGGUUAAGAGAAGCCGUGCUCUUACACUUUUGUUUUUUAGCAUCUGACUUUUUUUUUAUUAUGAGGUGACAGACUCCUGAUUAUUUGUAACACGUAUCACAAAUCAAACAAGUUUCCCAUCACUUAGAGCACUGGAGCUUUUUCUUUUCUAGUUUUUGAACCGGUGAAAUAACCGCCCCCGACUUCUGUUGCAUGAAUAUUAUUUUUAAUUGCUCUUAAUUUUGUGUCGUUGGUGAUACUCUGUGGUCUGUGCUUUUUGUUUGAUGUGCAGUCUGUUCACAGCAGGACGGCCGGUAGAGUGGCACCCGGGGAGACGAGGAUUUAAACCCCUGAAUAAACACCUUUUGUUUAAGAAUUUGUAGAAAAAAAAAAGAUUCUCAUAAUCUGAAGUCUGAAAGGGUUUUGUUUUAUUUUUGUAAUAAAAGACGAUGUAAAUUAUUUACAUGAGAACAUGAGAAUAAAACGGCUUUUGUUAGA